GUUUACCAUGGUUGCUAUUACUAUCCACUUUAGACUCAAAUAAAAAUAAAUCAAAAAAGUAAAAAAAAAAUUUUUUUUUUUUAAAGAAUAUUUCUUAUUUUAGUGCCAUUAACAUCGAAAGAGUCAAUCACUGUACAGACAUAACCAAUGUAUACAUGAAAAAAGUGGAUAUUUAGUAAGUGGUCAUGUUUAGUGCUGCAACGAUUAAUCGAUUAACUCGAGUAUUCGAUUAGAAAAAAAGAUUCGAAUUAAAUUUUGCUGCUUUGAGUAUUCGCUUAAAGUGGUGUAGUAAUGGUUGAUUUUGAAAGUGUUUGCAUUUAGUUUUAUUGAUUUGGGUCGAUACACUGCCUUCUAGCCUGCCUCAUUUCACAUGGCUGAAUCCAGGUGCUCCCUGUGAAGACCAACAUAAGCUACGUUUUUGUUUGAGCUAAUGUUUUUUUAAUGCAUUUGUAAUUUAGUUUAUGGGUAUAUUUAGCCUGUUUUUGUGGGAAUAUGUCUGAACCAUUUGUUAAGAUCACUGUUAAAAAGUUAGCAUUUUAUAGCAUUUGAACUAGCGGACUUUUGCUAUUGUUUUUUUUUUGUUGUUGUUGUACAUAGAUCCUCCUUUAUUUAUUUUUUAUACCGUUCGAGGCUCAGCUCAGGUAAUUUAAUUUUUCAUGUUCCUUAACCGAUCCCUAGUCAUGUUAUAAUGUCAUUGACAGCGAUAGAUGUUAAACUGGGAGAGUCUAGCAGUGAUCGUUUGAAAUUUUCUAUCCCCUAACCAACGGCACACUUCUUUCACACCUAGCUUUUUUUUUCCUCCUCACGCCGCUUUCCAAACAAACCCUAAACAAGUCAUCCGGUGGCCGAGGAGGAGAAGGGGGGAGGGUAGGACUCGACGAGGCGGCGUCCACCGCCGGACUGUGUCCAAUUAGGGUUGAGGGAGUGUUGAAAAGGGGCGUGGCCCGCUAACAUCUGUGCCUGCCCCCCUCCCCAUCCUCUUCUCACUGCAUUCUGCAGGGAAAGGGAGGAGAUAACUCAACGCCAGGCACAAGUUUUGCCGGCUAGCUUGCGCACAUUCGUCACUCAUGAUUGUAAACGCCGCCAAAAAAUUGGACGUUGAGGAUUUAGGAUAAAGGAUAAAGGAAGUGAAGACGCCGGUGAGUGGAUGAUGUGGUGCUAUUGGCUUCAUCAAUCCGUGACCUCCAACUCUGACUGGAACAGUUCGCAGCCGAGUGUGAAGCAGUCGAUAUGAAGAUCAGCACCUUCAGAUCCGAGACCAAAGUCCUAAGGCGGAAAAGAGCUUUCUGACGGAGGCAGAGCGCUGAGGUGGCCGUGACGAGGCCCCCCGAAAGGAGCCUCCGCAACACUACCGGACCGGCCCGGCCCGCCAGGGAGCGCCAUGGCUCCCCGGAAGCGUGGCGGCCGUGGCGGCGGCGGCCUCUCUUUCUUCUUCUGCUGCUUCAACAACAGCGACCACCCAGAGAUCACCUACCGGCUGCGGGAGGACUUUGCCCUGCAGGCCAUGGAGCCGGCGCUGCCCAUGCCAGGUUAUGACGAACUGGACGGGAUGUUUUCGGAGUUGGUGGACGAGCUGGACCUCACCGAGAAGCACAGGGAAGCCAUGUUCGCCCUGCCCGCUGAGAAGAAAUGGCAGAUCUACUGUAGUAAAAAGAAGGAACAAGAGGAGAACAAGAGUGCGACGAGUUGGCCGGAAUACUACAUCGAUCAACUCAACUCCAUGGCAGCUAGAAAGACACUUCUGGCCUUGGAGAAGGAAGAUGAGGAGGAGAGGAAUAAAACCAUUGAGAGUUUGAAGACUGCGCUCAGGACUCAACCAAUGAGGUUCGUGACCCGCUUCAUCGACCUGGACGGUCUGACAUGCAUCCUGAACUUCCUGAAGAGCAUGGACUACGAGACCACCGAGUCUCAGAUCCACACGUCUCUGAUCGGCUGCAUCAAGGCGCUGAUGAACAACUCGCAGGGCCGCGCCCACGUGCUCUCGCACACCGAGAGCAUCAACAUCAUCGCCCAGAGUCUGGCCACAGAGAACGUCAAGACCAAAGUGGCCGUGCUAGAGAUCAUGGGCGCAGUUUGCCUGGUGCCCGGCGGACACCGAAAGAUCUUGGAGGCCAUGCUGCACUACCAGCGAUUCGCCUGCGAGCGGACACGUUUUCAGACGCUUAUAAACGAUCUGGACCGGAGCACGGGGCGCUACAGAGAUGAAGUCAACUUGAAAACGGCCAUCAUGUCCUUUAUUAAUGCAGUGCUAAGUCAAGGCGCAGGAGAGACAAGUCUGGAGUUUCGUAUCCAUCUGCGAUAUGAGUUUUUAAUGCUGGGGAUUCAACCAGUGAUUGAUAAGCUUCGUUCUCAUGAGAAUUCCACGUUAGACAGGCAUUUAGACUACUUCGAAAUGCUUCGGAACGACGAUGAGCUGGCUCUGUCGAAGCGUUUUGAGUCGGUCCACAUCGACACCAAAAGUGCCACCCAAGUGUUCGACCUCAUCCGCAAAAAGAUGAACCACACCGACGCGUACCCCCACUUUAUGUCCGUCCUCCAUCACUGCCUCCUCAUGCCACACAAAAGGAGCGGCAACACAGUGCAGUACUGGCUACUACUGGACCGCAUCGUCCAGCAGAUGGUGCUACAAAACGAUAAAGGUCACGAUCCCGACGUGACGCCGCUGGAGAAUUUCAACGUGAAAAAUGUCGUACGCAUGUUGGUUAAUGAGAACGAGGUGAAACAAUGGAAGGAGCAAGCGGAAAAGAUGCGAAAAGAGCACCACGAGUUGCAGCAGAGGCUGGAGAAGAAGGAGCGCGAGUGCGACGCCAAGACGCAGGAGAAGGAGGACAUGAUGCAGACGCUGAAUAAGAUGAAGGAGAAGCUGGAGAAGGAGAGCGGAGAGCAUAAGAACGUCAAGCAGCAAGUGGCCGAGCUCACCGCGCGAUUGCAUGAACUCAGUCAUAGACAAGCUACAAUGGUCCCUGGCGGCCCCCCCUUCGCCCCCGGCGGCCCCGUGCCCCCUCCGCCCGCGCCUUCUUUCUCGGGGCCGUGCCCGCCUCCCCCACCGCCCCCUAUUGGCGGCGCCGUGCCUCCGCCUCCUCCGCCGCCCCCACCACCAGGGGGGCCUCCGCCCCCGCCGGGUCGCCCGCCCGUGGCCGGCAUCCCCCCGCCGCCCGGGGCCCCACUCGGCCCCUCCUUACAGAAGAAGAACAUCCCGCAGCCUUGCAAUGCAUUAAAAUCCUUCAACUGGUCCAAGUUAGCAGAAAAUAAACUGGAAGGCACCGUUUGGAUGGACGUGGACGACGCCAGAGUUUUUAAAAUACUAGAUCUGGAGGACAUUGAAAAGACCUUUUCAGCGUACCAGAGACAGCAGGACUUCUUUACGAUCAAUAACAGCAAGCAGAAAGAGACGGACGACGACACGCUCGGCUCCAAAAAGGUGAAGGAGUUGUCAGUCAUCGAUGGUCGAAGAGCGCAAAACUGCAAUAUCCUCCUCUCCAGGUUGAAGCUGUCCAAUGAUGAAAUCAAGCGGGCCAUCCUCACCAUGGAUGAGCAAGAGGACCUUCCCAAAGACAUGCUGGAGCAGUUGCUUAAAUUCGUCCCGGAGAAAAGCGACGUGGACCUCCUGGAGGAGCACAAACACGAGCUGGACCGCAUGGCUAAACCCGACCGUUUCCUCUACGAGAUGAGCAGAAUUAACCACUACCAGCAGAGACUGCAGUCUUUAUACUUCAAAAAGAAGUUUGCUGAGAGGAUAGCGGAGAUUAAACCCAAAGUCGAAGCUUUGACGAAAGCCUCCAGAGAGGUUUUGCAAAGCAGGAACCUGAAGCAGCUUUUGGAGGUGGUGCUGGCCUUUGGAAAUUACAUGAACAAAGGCCAGAGGGGCAACGCGUACGGCUUUAAGGUGUCGUCGCUCAACAAGAUCGCCGACACCAAAUCCAGCAUCGACAAGAACAUCAAUCUUCUGCACUACCUGAUCACCAUCCUGGAGAAGAAAUACCCCAAAGUGCUCAAGUUUCAAGGCGACCUCCCGAGUGUCCCCGAAGCGGCCAAAGUCAACAUGACAGAGCUGGAGAAAGACAUCGGGAACCUGCGGAGCGGCUUGAGAAGCGUGGAGAGCGAGCUGGACUACCAGAAGAAACGACCGCAGGAACUGGGUGACAAGUUUGUGUCAGUGGUUAGCCAGUUCAUCACCGUGGCUAGCUUUAGCUUCUCGGACGUGGAGGACUCGCUGACCGAGGCCAAAGAUUUGUUCGUGAAGGCCGUGAAGCACUUUGGCGAAGAUGCUAGCAAGAUGCAGCCCGACGAGUUCUUCGGUAUCUUCGACCAGUUCUUGCAGUCGUUCGGCGAAGCGCAGCAGGAGAACGAGAACAUGCGGAAGCGCAAGGAGGAGGAAGAACGCAGGGCCAAAUUGGAAGCGCAGCUCAAAGAGCAACGGGAUAAGGAGCGCAAGGCGCGCAAAGCCAAGGCUAACGGCGAGGACGACGGCGGCGAGUUCGACGACCUGGUGUCGGCCCUGCGUUCGGGCGAGGUUUUCGACAAGGACCUGUCCAAGAUGAAGCGCAACCGCAAGCGCAUCAACAGUCAAAAUUCGGACGGCGGUCGCGAGCGACCUGUCACCAAGCUCAACUUUUAGGACGCUAUCAACACACAGCGUUAAGGUUUAUUUUUGUUCCUACCCACUUCCUGAAUGGACUUUUUCUGUUCGCACACGCAAACAUUUCAUUUUUAACGGAUUUGCCGUUUAAUUGGAACCACUGAGUUCCAGAUUUUUUUUUCGUAUGUACGAACCAUUCCCCUGAAAAGGACUACAAAAGUGGGGCCAUUUUGUACAAAGUGAUGGGCGGAGACUUGACCUGAACUUUUUUCCCCUCAUCAGAGCUUUAAGUAGCUGAGAAAGCAGCUUCUUUUUUUGUUUUUUUUAAACAGUUUGACACGUGUGCAGCAUUUCUAUAUAUAUCAGAUCACCGUUUGUUAAGAGCUGGCCUUAACUCUUUGAUAUUUACGUCGAGUCGGUACAAUUUGGAGUGUGGACACUUUGAUGACAUACGGUAUAUGUAUUAAAAAAAAAAAAAACGGUUGCGUGCUUGUUCCACUUGCACAUAUAAAGCUGUAGUUAUGCUAAAAUGCCAUUAAAAACAUACCCAAGUCAAUAUUUGUGCUGAGCUUGAACAAAUGUUGAGUUUUUAUUCUUUUGACCUCAAAAUACACAAUAUGUUAGUUUUUCUGAGUCAGAAAAAAUAACUCCCAUGUAGCACAUAUUUUGUUCCCGGGUUCUAAGUAGUAUUUCAUAGUUUGUUUUGUCACAUUGACAUAUAAAAACAUUUAUGGUCACACAUUUGAAAUAAUAUUUUCCACUUUACUGUUGUAGUAUCUAAGGGUUAUAUAUACAGUGCUGGCCAAAAGUAUUGGCACCCCUGCAAUUCUGUCAGAUAAUGCUAAAUUUCUCCCAAAUGAUUGCAAUUACAAAUGCUUCGGUAGUAAUAUCUUCAUUUAUUUUGCUUGCAAUGAAAUAACACAAAAGAGAAUGAAAAAAAAAAAAAUCAUUUUAUACAAAACUCCAAAAAUGGGCCGGACAAAAGUAUUGGCACCCUUUGAAAAAUCAUGUAAUGCGUCUCUAAUUUGUGUAAUUAACAGCACUUGUUACUUACCUGUGGCACAUAACAGGUGCUGGCAAUAACUAAAUCACACGUGCAGCCAGUUAAAAUGGAUUAAAGUUGACUCAACCUCUGUCCUGUGUCCAUGUGUUUACCUCUUGGCAUCAUUUUGGUGGUUGGCCACUCCUUGGGAGAAAAGCAACAGUGCCAGACUCUCUCCAUUUGUAGACAACUUCUCUGUCGAUUGAUGAACAUCCAGACUUUAAGAGAUGGUUUUGUAUCCUUUCCCAGCUUUAUACAAAUCAACAAUCCUUGAUCGCAGGUCUUCAGACAGCUAUUUUGACUGAGCCAUGAUACACAUCAGACAAUGCUUCUCAAGACAUUUCUUACCAGGUGUGUAUUUUAUAGUGGGCAGGGCAGCUUUAAUCCACUCACCAGUAAUUGGGCACACACCUGACUUAAAAUGGUAAAAAUUGGUUUCAAUUGCUCUUUAAGUCUCCUCAGGGAGAGGGUUCCCUUUUUUUUGUCCCUUCUGUAAUUGUUUGCAUGCUAUCUAGGGCUGCAGCUAUCGAUUAUUUUAGUAGUCGAUUAAUCGAUGAACCAUUAGUUCGAAUAAUCGAGUAAUCUGAUAAGGAACAUGAAAAAUUAAAUUACCUUAGCUGAGCAUCAAACGGUAUAAAAAAAUAGGAUCUAGGUACGACAAAAAAAAACAAUUGGCUAACUUAGAUAGCAAAAGUCCGCUAGUUCAACUGCUAUAAAAUGCUAACUUUUUAACAGUGAUCUUAACAAAUGGUUCAGACAUAUAUUCCCACAAAAAUAGGCUAAAUAUAGCUAUAAACAAAAUUACAAAUGCAUUAAAAAAAAUUUUGCUCAAACAAAAACCUUGUUUAUGUUGGUCUUCACAGGAAGCACCUGGAUUCAGCCAUGUGAAAUGAGGCGGGCUAGAAGGCUGUGUAUCGACCCAAAUCAAUAAAACUAAAUGCAAACACUUUCAAAAUCAACCAUUACAACACCACUUUAAUUAAGCGAAUACUCAAAGCAGCAAAAUUUAAUUCGAAUCUUUGUCUAAUCGAAUACUCGAGUUAAACGAUUAAUCGUUGCAGCACUAAUGCUAUCCUCAUUAAAAUAUGAAAACCUACAAAUGUUUGGGUGGUUUUAGUUAAAGCAGACAGUAUAUUUUCAUCCGUGUGAUUUUGACAAAGAACGGAUCACAUUUGAUAGUGAUUUUACGCAGAAAUGUGAGAAAUUCCAAAAGGUUCAGAUACUUUUUCAUACCACUGUAGAUACAUAUGGCGGAAAACACUCAAGUGACUUGAAGUUCCGCUCUGAGACCCCCAAUUUAGCCAACUUUCAAAAUUGUCCGAUAUACAUGUGUGAUACAUCACUGGAAAGCGUAAAAUCUCAAUUUUCUGGGGGAAGAAAAUUUUUGAACAGGAGGGCAUAAAUGUUUUUAAAACAGCAAAACCCUAUCUGGAGGUGAGAGCACGCGAGAGCAGAAUUACAGACGCCAUUACUUUAACGAGAUAUCGCUUACUUACCAUGUUUCGAUCCAAAAACUCCAUGUAGCUUGUAUCACUGAGUGUCAAGACACAGCUGUGAAUGGCCACAGCUGGAUUUUUUGGGGAUUUUAUGGGUGUAAUAUGGCAAUAUAACAAGGGUCGCGAUGCAGAAAUCGCAGACAUCAAGGAGUGGUCGAGAUUUUCUUUUUCAUAUAUAUUCCCUUUUAAACGUAAAAAAAAUGUUUUUUUUUGUUUGGAUCGAUUAUCUAACAUAUUGGAGAAAAAGUGGCAGUAACAAAAAAAAAAAAAAAAAAAUACAAUUACGGUGAUAGUUAUGAGGUAGAUAUCCGUAACUUUUUUACAGACGCCCUUUUUUCCAUUGAGAAUUUGUUUAAAAGUUUAAAAUAUGUGAGUGAAUAAUUUUUAAAGUCGUUUUUUUUUCUUAAACGAAAUAUUAGACAUCAAUUAAUGAUUUUAAGCUAAAAAUGACAUUUUGAACAAUGAAUCUAAUUAAUCUGUUUUAUGGCUGGGUUGAAUGAAAGCGGUUGCACGACGUCUGUAAACGGGGGUUUUCAGGGUAAAACGGACAAAUUAAAAAUAGUUUGGGGGCUUGAUGCGCCAUGAAUCUGCUAUGGCAGCAUAUAGACAUAUUGUUCUGCCAAACACAACAGUUGUUUUGGCUUAAAAUACAUCUUUCUUUUAAUGAGGAGUGUUCAGCCUUGUCUGUGUUUUCUGCCACAUACAUGUAAAUACAUACAGGCCUAUAUGUCUUUUAAUUUUUUGCGGCUCCAGACAUGUUUUUUUUUUUUUUUAGGUCCAAAUGGCUCUUUCAACAUACUAGGUUGCUGACCCCUGGACAAGAACAAAGUUGAAAAAAAAUCAUUAUGCUACGUUUAUUUAUUCACUUAUUUUCCUUUUUGUUAAUAUGUAUCAAAAUUAACAAACGUGGAAAUAUUUGUAAAUUCCAGGCACUAUAACUGCUAUUACACAUAUUUACAUACGUAUUUUUUUAAAUGCAUCAUAAAAGCAUUGCAGAAAUGCAUUUCAUCACGUAAAUGAUUUUGCU